GACGCUGUGUGAUAUAAACCAAGAGCAAGCACCCGUCCUGCAUAGCAGCGCUCAGAAAUACACCCGACAUUCACGUACACCACGGAACAAGACGGACUCCGGACCGCUCCACCAUGCUGUGCCUUGCUCUGUUUUUCGUCUCCGCAGCCGUCGCCACCCCUCUGUUGGGUACUGAACAGUGUGCCCGUGGUCCUCCCUACUGGUGCCACAAUGUGAAGACUGCCUCUAUCUGUGGAGCCGUGGUCCACUGCCAACAGAACGUAUGGAACCAACCCCAGAUGAAAUCUGUGCCAUGUGACCUGUGUAAGGGGUUGCUGAUAGCGGUGGACCAGCUGCUGAGCAACAAUGCUACUCAGGGUGAGAUCCUGGGCGUCCUGGAGAAGGCCUGUCACCUGAUCCCUGACAAGACCCUGGCUGCACAGUGUAAAGAGAUCGUGGACACCUACUACCCUAUCCUCAUUGGUAUCAUCGCUGGAGAGCUGGAGAACCCUCAGGUGGUGUGUGGCGCCAUAGGCCUGUGUGACUCCCAGCAGGCAGCCCUGGCCAGACUCCAGUCUCAGAUCCAGUCUAACCAGAUCCCACCGCUCACGUCCAAUGAGAUUCCUCAGGAAGACCUGGCCCAGAGGGUCGCCCCCUUCCUCCUCAACGUCCCUGGGCUCCUCUACCCCCAGGCCCAGGAGAACACCAAGCAAGAGGUUCCUGAACAGCAGACUGGAGACUUGUGUGAGGACUGUGUGAAGUUCAUCACAGACUUCCAGGACGAGGCGAAGAGCAACACUACCUUCGUCAACUCUCUGAUCGAACGGAUCCAGAGGCAGUGUGACCUGCUGGGGCCUGGAAUCUCUGACAUGUGCAAGCAGUAUAUCAGCCAGUACGCGCCUCUCAUCGCCCUGCAGCUCAUGUCCAUGCAACCUAAAGAUAUCUGUUCCCGUGCUGACUUCUGCCCUGCAGAGGUGAAGAGCUCUGUCCCUAUGAUGAACCUGGUGGCUGCCAAGGCCAUCCCUGCUGUCAAACUGGUCCCUGCCACUAAGCUGGACGCUGUCAAGAACAUGGUGCGUGCCCGUGGUUCCCCUCAGUGUAUCACGUGCAAGUUCAUUAUGAAGGAGGUGGAGAGCAUGCUGGGGGAUGAGAAGACUGAGCAAGAUGUGGUGCGCGUGUUGGAGAAGGUGUGCUCAGUGCUGCCGCCCUCCCUGUCAGCCCAGUGUAAAGAUCUGAUCGAGUCCUACGGCCAGGCCAUCAUUAAGCUGCUGCUACAGGAGGCCGAUCCCAAGACUAUCUGCACCGUGCUGGGGCUCUGCAAGGACGCCAGCCGUGCCUUCACCCCGGUGUUGGACCAGUCCCAGGUCGAGGCGGGAGGCCUCUGUGACAUCUGCAAGAUGGCCGUGCGUUACAUCGACGGGAUCCUGGAACAGAACGCCACACAGGCUCAGAUUGAAGACGCAGUCAGGAAAGUCUGCAGCUUUGUCCCGGAGACCGUCAGGGGCGAGUGUGACCAGCUGAUUGAGCAGUAUGAGCCCAUGCUGGUUCAGCUCCUGCUGCAGAUGUUGGACCCUGACUUUGUCUGCAUGAAGGUGGGAUUGUGUCCCGAGGCAGUGCAAAGUCUUCUGGGUAUGGACCAGUGUAGCUGGGGACCUGCGUUCUGGUGCAAGAACAUGGACUCUGCGAAACUCUGCAACGCGGUGGCACACUGCAGGCGUCACGUGUGGUGAUGGGAGAACGGAUCAAGACCGGCCGACACAAUCUUUCAGGAGAAAUACUGUUGCACUGCUUCUUUUUAUUUUUUAAACUCAAUAAAUGUGUUCUGUUUUUCGUAAAACAUGUGGGACAGGUUUUUGCAAUUGUCAAUAUAAAUUUCCCGGGCCGUUUGGAGAAGUGGGGAAGGAAUGGAAACCAUUUUGUCUGACAGAGGUUUGUUUCUUUAUGGGGGGGAGAAGCAGGGUUGUCGAGUGGAUCUAUAGUUGUACUGAUUUAUUGAAUGUACUAUGGGUGUGGUUUGUGUACAUCUCUCCUUUUUUUUUUUAGAUAAAUGAUUUUACAUGUCACACGCGGCCCCUUACUUGACACGCCUGGUUUCCCGGACGUAGUCCCGAACUAAAAUAUAAUGCUUCUUAGUCCAAGACUAGGCUUAAUCUCGGUCCAUGAAAACUGUCCCAUUUUAAGUAUGUGAUGCAGACAGCUGGGUAACUGGAUACUACUGUCUGUGAAAGAACAGUGGUCUGAGACUUAUUGAAUCUCAGGGGGUCCUGUCAAUGUGCUCCUUUGCAGUGACAGAACUUUCUUAGACAGUGUGUCUCUACCAUACCUUCCUGGGAUACUUUCUGUUUUAAUUGAGUCUCUCCUAAUGCAAGUUCAUCUCUAUUUUGUAGAAACAGUUGAAUUGUAUUAUUUCGGUGUAAUUUUUUUAUAUUAAUGAGGACAGUAAAGAUUGUGUGUCUGAUAUGCUACCCUACUUUUCAACAGGGGCCCAUUGGGGGUAAUGUAGUUUCCACUGUAGGACCAAUAGAAUGGUCUACUCUAAAUGUUGAGCCACGCCCUAUGUGUGCGAGAGAAUGAAUGCAUCCUUUGACUGCGUCCCAUAUGGGACCACAUUCCCUGCGUAGUGCACUACUUUUGACCUAGAUACCCACGGGCCCUGGUUGAAAAGUAGUGCACUAUAUAGGGAACAUGGUGCCAUUUGGGACGAACAUUUCUAAUGGUAUGUUUGUGCCCCUUUUUUUUUAUAGCCUCUCUGCUUGCAGUUUCCUUCUCUGCUCUCUUCACGCUGUUUGUGUGAAGUAAUGUGUUAUGAAGGAAAUGUAAACAAACAGGGUGUAUAGCCUCAAUGUGGUUAACUCAAUUUUAAUAUCACGGAUGGUCAAACCCAGCUUUUUACUGAAAGUGGUGGGGCAAGUUUUUUAAAGUUUUUAAUUUUUAUUUUAAACAAUAUUUCAUUGUUUAAUCGGCUGAUUUGUUGCUUUUAAAGACGACGUGCUUUUUGUGAUCAGACUACUGUCAGGCGAUCGAUUGGCUCGAUCACAUUUCUUUCUUUUACAGUUGAAAUAAAAAUGAUCUCAAAUCCA